AUGGCAAGCUUGGGUCUCCUGAUCUUAGCCCUCCCCGAGCUCACUUCUGGAGCAAUUGGACUUCCUUUUAUGCUAAAUGCUUUCCACUUUAACUACUCCAUAGGUGUUCCCUUAAACUCUGAAGUUUAUUUACAUUGUGGGUACUAUACCCCAGCAUCGACCAAUGAUGCCUUUACAUUGAGUAUUUCCUUUGUUCCGGUGGACAGAUUGACACAAAAGCAGCUUGCCGUGGUAGAUUCCGGGUCUUUUUUCUUUCCAAAAGAAUUGGAAAGGGCCCACGAAGACAUGGGAGAAGUGCUAAAUAAGACGUAUUUUGAACCACCAGCAAACAAAUCCGGGAGCGUUACCACUUCGGUGAAAUUUAACAUGGCGCAUAAUUCAACGGGUUCGUAUAUUUGUCAAAUCUACCUGACAAGUCCAAGUCAAAUCUCGGAUGAAGAUUGGACCCUAACUAGAUGGAUGUACUUGGAAGUUCGCUCAAGCCCAACUUAUAGAGAAGCCUUCGUGCCUUUCGCUUUAGUUGGAGUUCUCAUAGUGGCCUGCUUUUUUGCCUUGAGGCCGCGACGAGUGAUUUUCAGGCGCGUUUUGAUUGAAAAAUCGCCGCUUUAUGCAACGCCAGAUAAGCCGACCGUCUACAAACCCCCAAAGAUCACCAUUGUUGAUGGGAGGCCCCCUUUCAUGCUAUAUAUUCGAGAAGUCAUUCAACACACAAGGUCUAAAAGGCUUUCAAAUUUGGCAAUCGACGACAAAGAAGAUGCCUAUUCACCCACAGAUUCCUCUUCUGAGGCAGGUGAUAGCGCAAAUAAUCGCCUCUAUUUCUGUACACCUUCCGACAAGUCGUUUGAAGUUCCUUUAAAUCGACUGAGAGUUGAGCGGCCUCUAGGUCAAGGCGCAUUCGGCAUUGUCUACUUGGGAUCUGCAGUUAAUCUUCCUGGCGGUAUGAAGGGU